CCAUCCUCCGCCAUGGCGCCCUCACGCGUCUCUCCGCCGCCGCACACCGAGGCAGAGGCCUCCUCGUCUGCGCCCGGUGCCGACCUCGCGGCGCGCCGCCUGCUCAUCCUCUACGCCACCACGACGGGCACGGCGCAGGACACGGCCGAGCGUGUGGCGCGCGUGGCGGCACGGCGAAGGUGGCACGCCGACGUGCUGAGUGUCGACGAGUGGGACAUGCUCUCGCUGCCCGAAACGCCCCUCGUGCUCUUCAUCGUCUCCACCACGGGCGCCGGCGACUUUCCCAGCGCGGCGCUGCCCUUCUGGCACUUCCUGCUGCGUGCCACGCUGCCGCCCGACGUGCUGGAGGACGUGACGUUCGCCACGUUUGGCCUCGGCGACUCGAGCUAUGCCAAGUACUGCUGGCCGACGCGCAAGAUCAACAAGCGUCUCAAGGCGCUCGGCGCGCAUGAGGUAUGCGAGGCGGGCGAGGGCGAUGAUCAGCACUACCUGGGUAUCGACGGCACACUGCAUCCCUGGCUCGACACGUUCUUCAACACGCUCGACACUCUCCUGCCGUUGCCAGCUGGCGUGGAGCCACUUCUGGACACCGAGCCACUGCCGCCACGCAUCAUUGUGCGGCGCAUCGGCCCUUCCUCUAGCGGUGCUGAGCCAAGCAGCAGUGCGCCGACCACACAGCGGCUGAGACAGGGGCGACGAUGGGGCGUGCUGAAGCGUAAUGAGCGCGUCACGCCGCAGGAGCACUGGCAAGAUGUGCGGCUGGUGGAGUGGGAGACGGAAGAUGGAGAGCCUAUGAGACACUCUGCAGGCGACAUCGCGUCGAUCCGGCCACAGAACCUGCCGCAGGACAUAGAGCGCUUCAUGGAGAUCGUCGGGUGGGCGCAGUAUGCCGACUACGAGCUAGAGCUCAGCUGUCGAGAUCGCACUCGGCCACUGCCCUCGCUUCUGCCCGCUCGCACCACCCUGCGCGAUCUGCUCACGCAGCAUCUCGAUCCCUUCUCGGUACCCCGGCAAUCCUUCUUCGAGCUCAUCCGCCACUUCUCUCCGCCGGGCCACAUGCAGCGCGAGAAGCUCGACGAGUUCUGCACGCCCGGCGAGGGCGCCGACGACAUGUACGAGUAUGCGCAGCGCGUCCGGCGCAACAUCGCCGAAGUGCUGGCCGAGUUCGAGAGCGUGCGCGUGCCACUUGAAUACGUCUGCGAAGUGCUGCCGCUGCUGCGAGAGCGGCAGUUCAGCAUCGCCAGCUGUCCUGCGGAACGGCCCAACGGCGUGCAGCUGGCCGUAGCGAUGGUCGAGUACAAGACACGCAUCAAGGAGAUGCGCCGCGGCGUCUGUUCGCGCUGGCUGGGCCAGCUGCCCGUCGGCACGCGCUUCGCCUUCUCCAUCGUGUCCGGCACGCUGCGCCUGCCGGCGGCGCCCUCAACGCCGAUGAUUCUCGUCGGGCCCGGCACGGGCGUCGCGCCCAUUCGUGCGCUGGUUCACGAGCGUCUCUCGCGCUCGCCGGCACCGGCGCCCGACGAUGUGCUGGUGCUGCUCGGCUGCCGCAAUCGCGCGCGCGACUUUCUCUUCGGCGAUGAGUGGCGCACGCUGGCGGGCGAGAAGGACGGCACGCAGAGACGACUCGAGUAUCGCCUCGCGGCGAGCCGAGACCAGCAGGAUAAGGUGUACGUGCAGCAUGUGCUGCGCGACGAAGGCGCACGCGUGUGGGACAUGCUGCGACGAGGAGCGGUGCUGUACAUCUCUGGCUCGUCGGGUAAGAUGCCCGAGGCAGUGCGCGCGGCCGUCGUCGAGGUGUGCGUGGCGCACGGGGCGAUGCAGGAGGCAGAGGCACAGACGUACGUCGAGCAGAUGGAGGCGCAGGAGCGCUGGCAGGAGGAGUGCUGGUCGUGAGCCAGCCGCAAGGAAUCGUCACAAGCAAAGCGAAGUAGAGCAUGUCAAGGCGCACUGCAAUCUAGACAAAUGCUGCCAUUGCGGGCAUCCACACUUCGAG